CCCGCCCUCAUUAACGAGGGAACGCCCUCUUGCACGCGGGCUGCCCCACCCAGGGUGACGAGGCCCUGCCCCGCCCCACCACAGCUGCUCAAUUAACCGCAGUUCAAAACAGCUCCAGCCACAGCCGGGCAAGGUCUCUUCUACCUGGGGCUAUGGUCCGUGGGCGGGCGCCGAGGACUUGGCCAUCACCGCCACCUCAGCGGCUGCUGCUGCUGUCGCUGUCGCUGCUGCUGCUCUCCCCAACUGUACAGGGAGACUGCGGCCCACCUCCAGACAUUCCUAAUGCCACACCAAUCUUGGGUAGACACUCCAAGUUUGCUGAGCAAAGCAAAGUGACAUACUCAUGUAAUAAAGGCUUUAAACAAAUUCCAGACAAGUCAAACAUAGUGGUCUGUCUUGAAAAUGGCCAAUGGUCGAGCCAUGAAACAUUCUGUGAGAAAUCAUGUGAUGCUCCAGAAAGAUUGAGUUUUGCAUCCCUCAAAAAAGAGUAUCUCAACGUGAAUUUUUUCCCAGUUGGUACUAUUGUGGAAUACGAAUGUCGGCCAGGAUAUCUAAAACAACCUCUACUCUCAGGAAAAUCAACNUGCCUUGAGGAUUUAGCAUGGUCUCCAGUUGCUCAGUUUUGUAAAAAAAAAUCAUGCCCUAAUCCUAAAGAUCUGAAAAAUGGUCACAUCAACAUACCAACUGACAUAUUAUUCGGUUCAGAAAUAACCUUCUCAUGUGACCCAGGGUACAGGCUAGUCGGUGUCUCCUCUACUUUUUGUUCUGUUAUCGGAAAUACUGUUGACUGGGACGAUGAAUUUCCAGUGUGCACAGAAAUAUUUUGUCCAGACCCACCGAAAAUCGACAAUGGAGUAAUGCAUGGAGAAAGCAACUCUUAUACAUAUAGACAGGUGGUCACCUAUUCAUGUGACAAAGGCUUCAUCCUGGUUGGAAAUGCUUCCAUUUAUUGUACUGUGAGCAAGUCUGAUGUAGGACAAUGGAGCAGUCCACCACCCCAGUGCAUAGAGAAACCCAAGGUCCCAACUAAGAACCCAACAGUUACUGUUCCAAGUACAAGAAUCCCCUCAACGCCUCAGAAACACACCACAGUUCAUGUUCCAAGUACAGGAGUCCUACCAACGCCUCAGAAACCUUCCACAGUUAAAGUUACAGCAACCCAGCAUGUACCUGUUACCACGACAAAGGUACGUCAUCCAACAAGAACAUCUACAGACAAAGGAGAGUCUAACUCAGGUGGUGACCGUUUUAUAUAUGGUAAGUUUGACUCACAGGGAGUUAGAAGAAAUUGCCAUCACUCUUUGCAGACACUAUCCUCAGAGAAUAGUCCCAACUCGUUCUGUCGCUCCAUUGAGUCUUCCAAGUACUUUGGUGUAGACUUCAGUCUGUGUCCAGUGGUCCAUGCCAUUCUGCUGGUGGAAUGUGACCGUAGGAAACAGUAA